AUGUUGUGGAGAAAGAGAGAGACCGAUGCCGAAGCAAUGGAGCUAACCACAAUGCACCAAGACGAAGAGAAGCAAGAUGCCCUGAUCACCAUCAGCGAAGUCAGUGCCAGUGAAGAAGCGCACACUCUUUCAAAAGAAGAGAAAUUGAUACUCCUGGCUCUCGCUUCUUUGAGUUUGAUGGCUGCUCUCGAUGGCACAUCGAUCUCAGUAGCCUUACCGCCGGUCUUUUCAUCGUUUUCGGACUUAUUCGGAAGAAAGCCACUGAUUCUGGUCGCUAUCUUCUGGUUUUUCAUCGGCGCUAUCGUGGCGGGAGUUGCAAAUGAUUACGCGCACAUGCUCAUCGGCCGUUCAUUACAAGGUGUCGGGGGAGGUGGAAUCAUCACUCUUACCAGUAUCGUGAUUGCCGACAUUGUGCCGUUGAAGAAUCGCGCGAAGUACUUCGGGAUGCUCAGCGCAAUUUGGAGCUUGGGUACCGUGACCGGGCCUGUGAUCGGAGGAUGUUUCGCUGAAAAGUCAACAUGGCGUUGGAUAUUCUAUCUGAACUUCCCAUUGAUCGCUGUCGGGACGGCCCUAGUUGUGUGGUCUUGGAAGUUCAAGUCCGAAGCAAUCUCAUACCGCGACCAAUGGCGAAAGAUCGACUAUUUAGGAAUCCUCCUCUUCAUCCCGAGCACGGCAUCUUUCCUCAUCCCUCUCACGUGGGGAGGUGUUCUCUACAAUUGGGAUUCCUGGCACACAGUGGUCCCCUUGGCUGUCGGCGCUGUUGGAUUGAUCAUAUUCUCGAUUUAUGAGUACAUGUUCGCAAAGAACCCAAUGAUCCCACCUGCCAUCUUCCGAAACAGAACAUCAUUGAUCGCAUUCGCAGGCUACAUGGUAGUCGGCUUGGUUGUUUGGUGCAUUCUAUACUUCCUGCCAAUCUACUAUGAAGCCGUCAAAGGAUUCAAGCCCAUUAUGGCUGGAGUUGCUUUAUUCCCCGAGACCUUCACACUCGCCCCCAGUGCCGUCGUGGUCGGCCUGCUAAUUAGCAGACUAGGGGACUACUAUUGGGCCAUGUGCAUUGGAUGGAUUGUAUCCACCAUCGGAACAGGUUUGAUGUACUUCCUGAGUGCAGACGCCUCAACUGCCACAUGGGUAUGCGUGAACCUCAUUCCUGGUGUCGGUGUCGGCAUGGUUCUUCCCGCCGUUCCAUUGGCGGUCCAAGCAGCGGCAACGCCGCAAAAUCUGGCCAUUGCGGUUGCCAUGUCAACAUUCUUCAGAGGGUUCGGUCAAUCAAUUGGUGUCGCGAUUGGCGGUGUGAUUUUCCAGAAUCGCAUGAAGAGCAAUCUCCUGGGGUAUGCGGAGCUGCGGCCUAAUGCGGAUAAGUUCAGCGGUGAGGCGGCGAGUGCAGUGCAGAUGAUUCGGGAGAUGGCCGAUAGUCCGAUGAAAGAUCAUCUCAGAGAGGCUUAUGCGGACAGCUUGAAAGUUGUUUGGGCAUUUUGCUGUGGUAUUUGCGGUCUAAUCUUCGUGGUCAGUCUUUUCGCAAAGUCUUAUAGCCUGAAUCGGGUUAUGACCACACAAAAGGGUCCUCGAAACUAA